AUGGAAGAUAUUCAAUUUGAAAAUGAAGUAGACAAUAAAGUAUUUGAUAUUAUUGUUGUUGGUGCAGGUGUUGCAGGUAGUGCAUUUGCAUAUUCAUUAGGUAAAGCUGGUAAAAGAGUAUUAUGUAUUGAACGUGAUCUCUCUGAACCUGAUAGAAUCGUUGGUGAAUUAAUGCAACCUGGUGGUGUUAGAGCAUUACGUGAAUUAGGAAUGGAAGAUUGUUUAGAUGGAAUUGAUUCAUCAUUAGUAUUUGGUUAUGGUAUAUUUAAACAUGGUAAAGGUACAAAAUUAUCAUAUCCAAAAGAUUCAAAUGGUGCAAUUAUAAAUGGUUUCAGUUUUCAUCAUGGUCGUUUUAUUCAAAAAUUAAGAUUAAGAGCAUCUUCAUGUGAAAAUGUUUUUAUGGUUGAAGGUACAGUUAAUUCAUUAAUUGAAGAAGAUGGUAUUAUAAAAGGUGUAACAUAUAUAGAAAGUAAAAAGAAAGAUAAUAGUAAUGAAAAUAAAGAAAAUAGUGAUGAUAGUAAUAAUAAUACAGCAACAACAAAUAAUAAUAAUAAUAAUAAUAAAGAUUUAAUUAAAGAAGUUAGAGCACCAUUAACAGUAGUUUGUGAUGGUUGUUUCUCAAAUUUAAGAAAAUCAUUAGUACCAGAAAAUCAACCACUUUUAACCUCAACAUUUGUAGGUUUAGUUAUUAAAGGUGUACAAUUACCAUUUCAAUGUCAUGGUCAUGUAUUUUUAGUAGAUCCAGCUCCAAUUUUAAUGUAUAGAAUUGGUUCAGAUGAAAUUCGUGUUUUAGUUGAUAUACCAUUUAAAUGUCCACCAAAUUCAGAAUUAAAAGAAUAUUUAGAGACAGUUACAGCACCACAAUUACCAGAGUCAUUAAGAGAAUCAUUUUUAUAUGCAUUAAGAAAUUCUCCAUUGAAAAAGAUGCCAAAUUCACGUUUACCACCAAAUCCAACACCAAAACCAGGUGUUUUAAUGAUUGGUGAUUCUUGGAAUAUGAGACAUCCAUUAACUGGUUCAGGUAUGACCGUUUGUUUAUCCGAUUGUGUUAUUCUAUCGAAAUUAAUCACUCAAAGUAAUCCAUCGAUUAAUUUCACCGAUAGAGUUUCAAUGGAAAGAUUAAUUCAAAAAUUCACAAUUCAAAGAAAACCAUUAGCAUCGACUUUGAAUGUUUUAGCUGGUGCACUCUAUAAAGUUUUCUCUGCAUCCAAUGAACAUCUUAGAAAGGCGUGUUUAGGUUAUCUUAGUUUGGGUGGUGAAUUCUCUGCUGGCCCAGUGGCUUUGUUAUCUGGUUUGAAACCAAAACCACAUAUCUUGGCAAUGCAUUUCUUUGCUGUCGCUUUUUAUGGUGUUCUUAAAAAUAUCUUACCUUUCCCAACUCCUGCUCGUAUUCGUCGUUGUUAUCAAAUCUUAUGUGCUGCUUCCGAUAUUGUUGUACCAUUGCUCCGUUCUGAAGGUGUUUUAAAAUAUAUUCAAAAUAUUUGUAUUAUUUUAAGAUUAACAAAAUAA